AAAAGUGUGUGUGUAUAUAUAUACAUCUGUAUAUAUAUGUCCAUGGCUGGAUCAUCACCAUCAUCAUAUUGGUGUUACAGAUGUAGCCGGUUCAUCACAGUUCCAUCUCGCCACCUACACUCAUCUUUCUCUUGCCCGGGUUGUAACGCCGGGUUCAUAGAAGAAACAGAUAACCCGACCCGAACCGCAACCGAAACAACACUCUCGGACUCUCCCGAGCAACCAAACAAUAGCCCACCGGCGCUCCGCCGUGAUAGAGCCACCGCCGGUGACCGGUCUGCGUUCAACCCCGUCAUCAUCCUCCGCGGACCCACGGUUGACUCGGUCAACGGUGGUGGUGGGGGUGGUAAUGGGUUUGAAAUGUAUUAUGAUGAUGGAUCCGGGUCGGGUUUGAGACCAUUACCGGUUAGUAUGUCGGAUAUUUUAUUGGGUUCGGGUUUUGAUAGGUUAUUAGAACAAUUGACUCAAAUAGAAGUCAACGGGUUAGGAAGAGUUGACCAAAACCCAGCCGCUUCAAAAAGCGCGGUUGAAUCACUUCCGUGUAUCGAAAUUGAUAAUACACAUAUAGAUAUAGAUAUACAUUGUGCUGUAUGUAAAGAAGCAUUUGAAUUAGGGACUUUAGCUAAGGAAAUGCCUUGUAAACAUUUAUACCAUUCCGAAUGUAUUAUACCGUGGUUAAACUUGCGUAAUUCGUGUCCGGUUUGCCGACACGAAUUGCCGACCGAAAGCCGAGACUUGGGAAAUGGUAAUGAGGAAGUUGUGGGGUUAACAAUAUGGCGGUUGCCAGGUGGCGGUUUCGCGGUGGGGAGGAGGGGGAGAGAGAGGGACAUUCCCGUUGUUUUUACGGAAAUGGAUGGUGGACUUAAUGUUAAUCGAAAUCCGGUUAGGGGUCCGAGAAGGAAUAGUAGGGGUUCAGGUACUGGAUUAAGGCGGAUUUUUGGUGGUGUGUUUACUUGUCUUGGUGGUGGAAGGAGGGGAAUAUCGUCGAGCUCGAGUUCAAGUUCGGAUGAGGGGGCGAGUAAUAGAAGUAGGUUUAUUCCGGCGAUAUUUAGUAGCUCGUCGCGACGGCGUAGGGCGUUGGCUUUUGAUGCAAAUAAUCGGCCACAAAUGUGGUGAAUCAACACGAAUUGUAUUGUUAUUUAUGUUGGAAUGUAAAUAACCAAAUAUAGAAACUUUUUUUUGGCUAGCUUAUGUUUAGAUUAUUAUUUCAAUGAUAUUUGUUUUGGCCUUGAUACUUCUUAGAUUUGAAGCGUUUUUUAUUGAUU